GUUCAAAGCAUUUCAAGUACAGCGAGAACAAAGUCUGAAACUGAUGGGAAUCACCAUUCCAUCGACCACACCUCAACCUACGCCAGACCCGAGAAUCUUUGAGGAACAAAAGCGACGAGCGCAAGCAUCAGCCGAACAAAGGCGAAUAGCUAAACUACUAGCAAACCGAAUGAAAAAGGAACAGGAACUUGUGGAACAAAAGAGAAAAGAACAAGCACUCGAGGAGCAAAAGCUGAAAGAACAACAGUUAGCAGAACAAACGAGACGAGCACAAGAAUUGGUUGAGCAAAAGCUUAGAGAACAACAAAUGGCAGAACAAGCGAGACGAGAACAAGAACUGGCUGAGCAAAAGCUUAAAGAACAACAAAUGGCAGAACAAACGAGACGAGAACAAGAACUGGCUGAGCAAAAGAUUAGAGAACAACAAAUGGCAGAACAAAAGAGACGAGAACAAGAACUGGCUGAGCAAAAGUUUAGAGAACAACAAAUGGCAGAACAAAAGAGACGAGAACAAGAAUUGAUUGAGCAAAAGCUUCGAGAACAACAGCUAGUAGAACAAAGGCUUCGAGAACAACAAGAACGACUGGAUCAAAUGCUUAAAGAACUUCAGCUCACGGAGCAACGGCUUAAAGAACAGCAACAACUGGCGGAACAAAGGCUUCAGGAACAGCAGCUACGUGAAAAGAUGUUAGCAGAGCAAAAACUGAAAGACGAGAAAAAGGCGGAACAAGAACGUCUGAGGGCCGAACAGCUACGUUUGCAGCAACAAAGUUCGAAAUCCAAAUUAAAAGGUGAUGGUAUCAGCCUUCAUGUGUAUAACGAGCUCAAAAGGAAGGAACAUGAGUUAGACGCAAAACUUGCUGCCGCAGAGAGGGCUAUUGAAAUUAACUCCCAGCUGUCUGACAAAAAAGUGAGAACUCAGGUCAUAGACAGCCUCCAUAAAAAUGUGCAGCAAAUCAUGAACUCAAUUCAACUCCUUCUCCAAACUAUUGCAAAAGCUGAAGGGAGUGAUUCUCAAAAUAAAGCGGCUGCAGGCAAUAUUACAAUUUCAUCUGAAAUCCCGAUCUCGGAUAAAACAAACAACAAAUACGAUACAAGUCAUGAACCAAACUCAAACACAAACAUAGGAUUCACGAUCGAUGAAAUGCCAAUAAUUGAUCUGACUGGUUUAGACUUUCCACGGAACCAAGUUGCCGAUUUACCGGGAAUUGGCAUUCCGGUACAUAAUCCUAAAGACAAUUCUCUUGGAAUUUCAGAUGAGCUCCCAACUGGCCAAGGAACUCCGUGGGACCCAAUGUCGGGUGUGCCUAUAGGAGGGUCCAUCUUUGGUCCGAGUGGUGAAUCUUCGGGAAAUGGUGGAUCAAAUGGUAUUACCAACACGAAUCCAGUAGAUCAACCGUUUGUACAAGGAACACCAAUAGGCCCUAAUACCGGCGAGCCUCUGGGACCAGUUUCACUCGGUGAACCAUUAGGUCCAAAUGGUGGUUUCGCCCCUGGAGAAGCGGUUGGGGGCGGACAAGAGGCGCAGUUUAAAGAUAUCAACUUGAACGAGAUUCUUACGCCAGGCCCCACCGGAAGAGGAUCGGAUUCAGGAAUUCGUACAAUGAGUGGUGAGCUCCUUCCUCAAACGCAAUCGAAGAAUCCUGACAUCUCUAAGACGUCAUCAAGCACGCUACUGGGGCUUCUGUCGGGUCUACAGACACGACUGCGACCAAAAUAAGCGAUUGCAUCAAUUGUAGUUCAAGUGUUUCCUUCAUUUGUGCGAUGUUAUGUUUAAAGCGAGAUUAUACGAUUUGUAUAUGUGUUAUAUUGUAAUAUAUUGAUAAAAAUAUGUUACAAUAACAAAAAAUAGGCAAGAAAAAUUAUACAGUCAAGACCAAUUUCAUAAAUCCAGCAAAGACAAAUUAGCGCCCCGAGCCGAUUGUGAAGAAGAUAUUUCGUACAUAUUUUCCUACAAUAACCGAAGCAUUUUUUUUAAUUAGGAUCGGAGUUAGUGUUCGUGUGUCGUAUGAAUAGAUAUCGUUGCAGGAAUUUAAAAUCAUCCGUUAAACUAAAUUGAGAUUCACAUCGUACAUUCAUGAUAUACAUGCUGGCGAAUUCGACUGUACAGACAUUUUCGAUUUCGGAAUUAAAUAUCUGGCUUAUUUCGCUUUUUCCAACACAUGUUUUUCUUAACUUUUAUUUUAAUGUAUAUUGAAAUAUAUGUAUAAGUUUUUUUUACACAUUUUAUAUAAAUUCAUAAAUAUUUGACAAAAUCUUAUAAUCUCGUUUUAAAACAAAUCAGAAUUACAUGGCACAACCACAGGUGAAGGG